AUGAAGUGCAAAGUCAUGUUAAUGCAUCAGCAAGAUCACGUGGUGCCAAACAUGUCAGAAGCUAGUUCUUUUUCCAUUGACAUUGCAAAAAUGAGAAAUGCUCUUCUAUCAUCAGUUUCUUCUAGGCUUCACUGCUAUGGAGAUGAUGAUGAAGCUCAGUUUGAAAUUUUGGAGGGCUCCAUGCAAAUGAACGACCAAACAAAUCGCAUUUCUCUUUCCAGAAACUUCCUUAGCAAUGGCUUCAACAUGGAGUCUAGAAUACUCAAUAAUGACAGCCAAUUAAUUGAAGGAGUCAAUGCAGAGCCCUGCCAAUCUCAGUCUCAGAGUUAUGACUACAAUCAUCACCAAGGUAGUCUCUAUGGCAUCCCAAGAUUCAAAGACAUUUAUCAGCACUCACUGUUACUUGACAAAGACCCUUCUUCUCAAUAUGGAGUACGUCUAUGUUUGCUUGUGCCUAUGAGGAGAAAUCCGAAGCUUAGCGAUAAAGUUACAACUCUACAGAAGUUGACUGAUACCGCCUCAGUUCUUCAUGAGGCUUCUCUUUAUAUCAAGCUUCUUCAAGCACAAAUCCGGGUUUCACAUCAGGAAUGUGGGGACAAAUUGCAGGUUGACCUAAGGAGCAGAGGACUCUGUUUGGUUCCCGUAUCAAUGACAGAGAAAGUAACAAUGGACGACCAGAUUUAUCAGGCUACAUCCUCAGGAAUUAUUCACUCCUGA